AUGGAUAAGAGUUCUCAUCUAGCAAAUGCAGCACCUGCUGGGACCCAGUCCAAUGAGGAAGAAACCCUCAAGCAAGGGGGGUUCGUGAAUCUAGCAGAGGCCGAACCCACCCGCUCAUCGCAGUCACUAUUUUCAUUCUUUCGUCGCCGCCACGCCAAGAACGACCCCGAUGCCACCGCUACAACUCGCAGUGUCUUCGAUGACCCGGUGCUGGCAAAAUUCUACACGCCCCAUCCUGGAUACGAGAACCUGCACCGCUUCGACCCACAGGCAAGAUGGACAUAUGGCGAAGAAGCCCGAGUCAGGCGAAAGACCGACUGGAGAAUCCUUCUGUGGAUUCUAGUCAUGUUCUUUGGCCUCAAUCUCGACAGAGGCAAUUUGGGAAAUGCCGCCGCCGACAAUCUACUUGAAAAUCUGAACCUGACGACCAAUGACUAUAACAACGCGCAAAAUAUGUAUCGAAUAGGGUUUUUGAUUGCGGAGAUCCCAUCGCAGAUGAUUGGAAAGCGACUUGGGCCGGAUCGGUGGAUUCCUGUUCAAAUCAUCCUUUGGAGUUUAGCAUCAGGUGGACAAUUCUUCAUGCAUGAUCGCGCUGGCUUCUUUGCUUGCCGGUUCCUACUAGGAUUCUUUAUGGGUGGCUUCAUUCCCGACUCCAUCCUGUACCUGUCCUACUUCUACACAAAGACCGAAAUGCCAUUCCGGCUUGCAUUGUUCUGGUUUACGGACUCCAUGUCCGGUGUCAUCGCGUCAUUCAUUGCCUACGGUGUUUUGCACAUGCGCGGGGUGGAUGGGCGUGAAGGGUGGAGAUGGUUGUUUUUGAUUGAGGCGCUCAUCAGUCUUGUUAUUGGGUGCUUGAGUUUCCUCUUCUUGGUGCCCGGUCCAACGCAAACUCGAACGUGGUGGAAUCCAACAGGCAUUUUCAACGAGCGGGAAGAGACCAUAAUCGUCAACCGUGUCCUACGCGAUGAUCCCUCCAAGGGAGAUAUGCAUAAUCGACAAGCCCUUUCCCUUGGUAUGCUCUGGCAGAGCUUGAAGGACUUUGAUCUAUGGCCCAUCUAUGUCCUCGGGAUUCUUUUUGAAAUUCCCACGUCCCCUCCAAAGACCUAUCUCACCCUUUCGCUUACCGGCAUCGGAUUUACCACUUUCCAAACAACGCUCCUGUCGAUCCCGGUGACCGUCUUCGCCGCAGUAAACCUACUCUUGAUUACCGAAAUAAGCGAGCGCGUGAAUCAAAUUUCUCUUGUCGGACUCUUUGCCCAAUUAUGGUCUCUUCCGCUUCUCAUUGUCUUGUAUACGUCAGCAGGCACGUUAUCCAACUGGGGCCUAUACGGUGUCACAUUUGUUCUGUUGGGCUGGCCCAAUCCACAGGCUGCGCAAGUCGGAUGGUGCUCCCGUUUGAGUAACUCCGUUCGAACCCGAGCUGUCAGUGCCGCUCUGUUUAAUAUCAUGAUUCAGCUCUCUGGUAUCGCCUCUUCGAACAUCUACCGAACCGACGAUAAGCCCCUCUAUCGUCGAGGUAACAGGCAACUUAUUGCAAUCAAUGUCGCUGCUAUUAUAGCAUACGCUCUUGCCAAGGUCUACUACGUUAGUAGAAAUCGUUGGAAGAAGACACAGUGGGAGAAAAUGAACCAGGAAGAGAGGGCUACCUACUUGGAGACUACUACUGAUCAAGGAAAUAAGCGCCUGGACUUUUAUUUUGAUAGCUGA